UUCUGUGCUGACAAAUAAUUACUAAUUAUUAAUAAAAAAAUUAAAAAAAAAAAAUUUAUAAAAAAAAAUGGCUUUGAAACGAUUAAAAUGUGAUCUAAGUCCAGAGCUAACGACCUGUCUCAAACUAGCCGACAAUGUUCGUCCCGAUUGCUGUCAAGUACGAGAUCCUAUACCAAGCGACGCUGAAUGUUUUCUUAGGGAUAUUGGGAAGGAGCUAAAAAAGCUUUACGAACGACAUCAAAAACGUUUUACCAAACGCAAACGUAUCAUGGAGCUAGCUAUACCCAGAAAUCCCCAGUGCCGUUUUCUUCCCAGAUGUUCAUGUCCAUUCAAAAGGACAAUUGAGAUCGUUCCAGCCGAUUAUCCUAUGCACACUCGCACCGAACAACUAGCCUUGCCAACGGUUAGACGACUGCUUCAUCGUCGUAAUGAAGCCAUAAGUGCCGGUGAUACAAUUGGCGAGGGCAUAAUAAAUCGAUGGUUACGUUAUAGUUUUAUGUCACUUUACAGUCGUCUGGGGAAUUUGCAGCCACUGAAGAAACCGGCCAUAAAGAAGAAGCUAACUGCUAAACAAAAAAAGAAACGCGAGAUGUAUAUCAAGAAACUGGCCAAGCCCAAGGUCCCGAAAAAGGAACCAGCGCCGGAACGUAAAGCAGGAGAGGUUGAUCAGCGUCGCCUUAAGAAACUAGCGCGUCCAAAAGUAUACCUGGAGGACGUUAAGCAGGAAUGGGAGAUCACGCCCAGCAUGCGCAACUACAGAGCGACGGAUCGUGUUAAGAAAUUGGCCGAACCUGUGGCUCGACCAAAUGUGCACACUAAUGAAAAUCCAGAGAAAGUUUCCCCCAAUGCUCUCAAGUACAAACCGAGCGAACGUAUCAAGGAGAUGUCACAGCCGCUGGCAAAGCACGAUGCCAAUUUGGGGCCGGCCGACCUCAAAGACGAUCCAUUCGCCAUAUCACCAAACGCUCUAAAAUACAAGAUAUCAUCGCGCAUGAAGGAGCUGGCCGAGCCAAAGGAGUUCGAAAACACGCACAUACGAGAGAAUCCUUUUGCUAUCUCGCCCGCGGCGCUCAAGGCCAAAGCUUCGCCGCGGCUUAUAGAAUUGGCCAAGCCCAAGGGAUCGUAACUCUAGACAAUUUACAUUUUACAAAUAUUUUGGUGUUGUUCUUUCGGUUUUUCUUAUAUAUAUUUUGUGAAAUAAAAUGUGGAAUAGUU